UGUGACACAUCACACGGGAGCAUGCUGCAGGAGACCACUUCCAUUGGGAGAUCAAAAACAACAUGGUCUAAAAUUUUAUUUUCCAACCAAUUAACGAAUUACAAAAAUGGAGGAGGAAUCUUCUGUAAUAGUGAAAGCAAGACCGUCUCGUAAUGUGUUUACGACGAAAAAAUGUAGUAAAAUUCCGGAGUCUUUAUUGCAAAAUAAUAAAUUGCAGCUGGCAAUUCAGCGUCUGCCUCCGAAUUACAAUUUUGAAAUACCGAAAACGAUAUGGCGUAUACACCAAGUGGAAGCAAAGACAGUUGCGUUGCAAAUGCCCGAAGGCCUCUUAAUAUUUGCGACAACAAUCUCCGAUAUAAUUCGCGAGUUUUCAGAUGCGGAUACUGUCAUUAUGGGUGACGUAACGUACGGUGCGUGUUGUAUUGAUGACCUUACUGCUAAAGCGCUGGGUGUGGAUUUGCUGGUACAUUACGGUCAUAGCUGUCUCAUUCCCAUAGACCCAAAAGGACCGUUGAAAGUCCUAUAUGUGUUUGUGGAUAUAAAAAUUGACAUUUUGCAUUUUGUCGACACUUUAAAAUUAAAUUUUUCAAAGAAGACAAAAUUGUGCUUCGUUAGCACAAUACAAUUUGUAGCGACCUUGCAAGCAGCCGCCGCCCAUUUACUGGAAGGAGGAUAUAGUGUGCAACUUCCGCAGUUUAAGCCACUCUCUCCUGGAGAAUUACUGGGAUGUACGGCACCGUCGGUGCAGUGCGCAGAUAGUUUAGUUUACUUAGGUGAUGGUCGGUUUCACUUGGAAGCAGCCAUGAUUGCCAAUCCCAAGCUCGAUGCAUAUAGAUAUGAUCCAUACAGUAAAAAAUUUACGAGGGAGUACUACAACCACGAGGAUAUGCACACAAUGCGUCAAAAUGCUAUACACGAUGCCAAACACAGUAGCAGUUUUGGGGUCAUAUUGGGUACACUUGGUCGCCAAGGCAACCUAAACGUAGCUCUUCAUCUUGAAAAGCGCUUAAAAGAACAUUAUAAGAACGUUGUCGUCAUACUUUUGUCUGAAAUAUUUCCCGCAAAAUUGGACCUGUUUAAAUAUGUGGGAAGCUUCGUUCAGACGGCAUGCCCUCGUUUGUCCAUCGAUUGGGGUCAAGCUUUCACCAAACCGUUAUUGACUCCGUAUGAAGUAGCUGUUGUAUUGCAAAGUGUUCAAUGGAAUAAACAAAGUUAUCCAAUGGAUUUUUAUGCCAAUGAGAGUAUGGGACCUUACACGCCUAAUCAUAAACCUAGUGAGAAGUGUUUAUAUACGAAAUGUGUUAAAUUUUGUAAACCAUUACCCUCGAAUACCAACUUUCAUUGAGAUCAGAAUCUUGUACUAUACCUAGGAGUUUAAGAAUUUCCAGAAAUGUAGGUAAGGUUGGUUCCAUACUGUCCAGAAAUAGAAACGUUCCAACCAACAUUAGCGUUAAUAUUGAAUUUCUCGCUCUUGUCCUACCUUUUAAUAUUCUUGCAGCUACAUAACCACCCAGGAGUUGGCUUGCAAAGAAACAAGACGAGUGGGAUAAAGCGGCAUUCUUUUCAAAAAUUUUAGUCACAGAGAAGUAGCUAAGUACUGCAUUUUACAAUAAUGAUAAACGUGCAAGAUUUCUGAAAGAUGAAGCGGCGGUAUUAUGGUCUUGCGAAAUGGAUGAAGAGAUGCUGAGAAGUGGAAGCAUUGUGAUUGCAGCGCUUCAGAAACCAGACCAUUUAGCAUAUAAGGUUUAAACCGCGAAGCAUUUAAAUAACAUUUACAAAUUGUGAACAUAAUAUUAUAAUUCAGUAAGUUAGCGUAGGUAGGUGAAUCUUAUUUUUUUUUCUGUUAACUGUAGAUUUGCAUCAUGUAUGUAGAACUUUUAUUGGGCUUUGCCUGUUAGUUCUGUAACGUCAUCUUGCCACUUGAAAAUCUAAAGCUACAAAAUAAUUCCAAGCGAUGUGUGAUUUAGAAACGCUGCAGUAAUAAUGACCCAUGUAAUUUUCAAUUCAU